AUGUCGGAAAGAUCACAGAUUUUACAUAACAGUGAAAAGGAACGCAAUUCUGGGUUCAAUGAGCAGAGUAACUUUUACCGUUCAGUAGAUAAGGAUUUGAAUGCUUGUAAUGAUAGUUCCAUUAGUACAACAGAUGAUGAUUCCAGUUCCUUAAUUAACACAACAGAAGCAAAAAAUAAUGCAGAAUCUACGAAGUGUACUGUUGGUUUUCUUUUAGUCAAUGCAACAGUAGGUAUUGGUAUAAUAAAUCUUCCUGAAGCAUAUCAACAAGUAGACAAUUUAGCGAUAGCCAUCAGCAUUCAUUGCAUUCUCGGUGUUCUUUCGUUCAUUUCAAUGUUAAUUGUAGCAUAUGCCUCAGAUAAAACCCAAAGAUCAAGUUAUCAAGAUAUUAUGUUUGAUUUCUAUGGAGAGAAAGGUCGUGCGUUGUCAUCUGUAAUUAUCUUUCUUAGUUUAUAUUUUUACUGCACCAGUUUAAUGGUAUUGAUUGGUGACCAAAUAGAAGAAUUUACCAUUUUCAUCAACCAUAACUUUUACUGCAAUCAUCAUGUAUGGUAUGCACAAAGAGAGUUUACAACAGUAAUUAUUACGAUAAUCAUCUUACCAUUUUGUUUUCAAAAAUUUAUUAACUAUCUGAAAUAUAUCAGGUUAGUUGUACAAUAUAUUCUCAUUUCAUAUCUAUUUCUUAGAUAAAGAUCAUUGUUGU